AUGUUCGCAUGUAUCGUUUGUUCUCGUUCAUUCACCAGACAGGAUAAUUUAAAACGUCAUAUGAAUGAUCACAAUAACCUCAAAUUUUCACGUGCUGAAUGUACAAGAGAAUUUAUGAUCAAAGGUAAUCUCGCCACUCAUCAGAAAACC